UUUCAUCAAGUGUAGAGGCGACAGCAAAAAUAUAUUCUAAUUUUAAUUCUUAAAUUUUACUCGAAUUUUUAACCAUUGAAAAUUUGUAAUUAAUUGUCAAUAAUUAACGCAAAUUAUUUUUUAUUGUCUGUCGUAUUAUUUGCUUGCACAUUUUAAGGCCCACUGCAUAAAAAUAAAUAAAAAUCUUUGAAAAUUUUUUCUUUCUGUCUUUGACAUCAAAAUCAAUUGACGUGAAAAUCAGUUCACAGCGUUUUACGACGAGUGUAGAGGAGAAAACACGUUCCAGUAUUCCACAGCCGUCUAAAGUUUAUACUUUUUCUCGGCUGAGGAAUGACAAGAAAAGAAGGUGUAGCUACUAUUAACCUCCGUUGAAAAGAAGAAGAAUUUAAUUAAAAUCUGAAAAAAUAUUCAAAGAUUUAUAGAAAAGUUGCAAACAGAAAAUUUCCAAGGGGCCUCAGCGGAACGUCAACGGGAAAAGGGCGGCACUCGGCCACCCUAAUUACAAUAUUAGAUCGCCCCAGGGCCUAUUAGGAAAUUUCGCAAAUCUCAAAAGGAAAAAACUGCAUUAAAUUAAAAACUUAUCUAAAAACUUGGAUAUUUAAUUGGACGGAAUACAACAACGUAAAAAGGAAAGGAAAUUGUGGCGUAAACAUUGCAUUGAUGGUAAUGCAUGCUAGAAAACCGCAACGCAUGAACGAUGGCUACUUUGAGAAGCAUCAAUCUCAUUCGUAUCAGAGUUCCAAGUACAGUUCAAAACGAGAUUAUGAACGUGAUCGCUCAUCGAAUUAUCGCGAACGCGACCUUUCCCCGGCUGGCGGUGGUGGACCAUUAAAUAAUGGUAAUAGUUCAUCGUAUCGUUCACAGUCACCUGAAAUAGAUUCACCAUCAUCCAGAGGACACGGUGGUUCACACGAUAUUAGAGAUCGUGGUGAUCAUCGUUUCAGUUACAUACAAAAAAUGAGAGAUCGCGAACGCGAUAUUUAUAAAAAGGAUAAAUAUUCAGACAAACGCGAUCGUCGAGGUGGUGAUCGUGAUUCUGAAUCCCAUCGCACCAAUCAUGACAGGAUUGAUAGACGUGGUGGCGCCAGUGGUGGCAGUGGUAGCGGAGCCAAGCUCUGUUCUUCCGGCAGUAGUGGCGAUAAACGUUCUGGCUCCGAUGACCGCGAUCGUGAACGAGAACGUGAUCGUGACAGAGAUCGUGAUCUAAGAGACAGCAAACGUGAAAGAGAUUCUUUAAGAGAACGUGAUCGUGAACGAGAUCGUGACAGGGAUCGUGAUAGAGAUCGUAGUAAUCGUGGCGGUGAUGAUCGUGAAAGAGAUCGUGGUGGUGGCGGUGGUGGAGGUAGUGGCGAACGUAAUGAUCGUGGUGAACGUAUUGCCAGAUGUGGUGAUUGGAGUGAACAUGUUAGUUCAUCGGGAAAAAUGUAUUAUUAUAAUUGUAAAACAGAAGUCUCACAGUGGGAGAAACCAAAGGAAUGGGUUGAACGUGAGCGUAAUCUGGCGCGUGAUCAACACCGUGAAAAGGAUUAUCGUGACAAAGAACGCGAUAGAGAUCGCGAAGAACGCUUUUCCAGAUCAACAUACAAACAUUCCAGUUCUCGUGGCAAUUCUCGACUGAGGUGGAACUAUGAUAAUGAUAGCGGACCACCAAAUCACAGAAGGCGUAUAGAUGCUCGCUUAGCUGAUAAUGCCGAUAUGGACAUUAGUCCAGGCGAUUCCACGCCCACAUCUGAGGCCAGUUAUUCACUGACUGGCACACCAACAACCCAUGGCGGUGGCAAUCAACACAACGACCAAGCAUUACCGUCAACAACAGUGGGUUUGCCUAAUGCGUUGCCACGCUUAGCUUCACAUCCCAAUGCCUCUAGUAAUAUGACCUCUUCCUCUGUCAAUGCCACAACACCAAGUGUAGCGUCAUCAUCUAUGCACUAUGCCGUGACGUGUGCUAAUCCCGCCGCUAGUACCGUAGGUGGUUCAGGAGUUGUUGCCGGCGGUGCAACAAUGUUGCCCACAACUGGUCUUGCUUCGUCGAAUAUGCCAGCGGUAUCCACACAAGGUGUUUUGCCCAACAGUGGUAGCAGUAAUCAUAGAAAAUUGGAUGCGGUAACGUCGUUACAGCAUCAAUCACACAUGAUAGGAUCGCCCAAUUCCACUAUACCAUCGUCAUCGAAUCAAGGGGAUCAUCAUCUCAAUUCAAAUGCACCUGGUCCCCCAAAAAUGAGUUCUAAAGAUCCUACACAUUUAAUGCGCCAACAACAGCAUCAUCAUCAUUUAAAUACACAAGAUGGUCAUCUCAUUUCUUCGUCAGCUGGUGAUAAUCAUGCUGCCGCUGGACAGGUUAUGAAUUUAAGGGAAAAUGCUUUGAAUUCCCCUUUAUACAAUAUAACGCAUUCUCAUGGCAUGUCUCCCAUGGGUUAUAGUAAAAGUCCCAUAACAUCGUCUGCCCCGGGUAGCAGCAAUAGCGGUGCUGUUUCUAUGACUAUGACACAUGCAAAUAAUGUGGGCAGUGGAGGUGGUGUUAAUAUGGUCUCCUCAUAUUCCUGCACUAAUCCCUAUGGACUUAAGACUGUCGAUGGUGGCGUCAAUAGCAAUGUUGGCAUUAAUUCUCUCAAUGCUGCUGCUGGGGGAAUUGUUGGUGUUGGUGGCAACAAUGCUUUAUGUUCCUCAUCGAGUUUAUCUGUUACUCCCAAUAUUAAUAUAAGCGGUGCAAUUGGUAGUGGUAGUAGCGUUGGCGGCAGCAGUAGUAGCAUGGGAGUAAUACCCGGUGAGGGCCCACCGACUCCUACACAGGAAUUAGAUUUAAGUGGUAAUUCAUCAUUAGAACAACAACAAAGAAAAUUGGAUGGUACAUCGUCGGCUUCUUUAAGUACGCUACAAAGUUGUGUUUCAAAUUCAAUACAAGCUGGUCGCUCGCAAGGUCCCGAAAUCUCUACAAAACUUAGCAAGUAUUUUAGAGCCGAUUUAAUAACACAUGUUACCAAUUGGGCAGCAGAUCAAUUAGAAAAACAGACGCAAAAAUGUUCAGAAGAAGCACAUUUAUAUGGAGAUUUACAGUGUACAAAAGUGUCGGCGGAGUUGAAAUGUGCGAGGAGUUUAGUUAGAAUAACUGAAAUAACAGCCACACUACAAGAACAAAAGAUCAUGUAUUUGCGCCAACAAAUACGUCGAAUAGAAGAAUCAAAAUCACAAAAUUCAUUCAUGUCCGAUGAUCUUUAGCCAAUUACUUUUAGAGCAAUCUAAGGCGUAAUAAUAGAGAGAUUCUGUUUACA